GGAGGGACGUCUGUCGUCCACGGCGCGCGCCCGGCAGCGGCGGGGGAAGUUAGGGGGCAGGAAGGGAAGCGACUCCCGGCCGCGUUGUUUUGGGCUCUGUGGGCCGAAAGGGGGAGGGCAGCAGGAAGGAGCCGCGAACACUACGCAGCGCAGGCUGCGCGCGACCGGCCUGCGUGCGUACGUGCGUGCGCUCGCUCGCGCGGGCUCCGUGCUGGCGCGUGAGGCGGAGGCGGGCGGCGGCGGCGCCUGCGCGGUCCGGCUCGGUCGACGGUUCGCAGGGGAGGAGGCGGCGGGAGGCGGAGGAGGCGGCGGCGGCGAUGGAGGUGAAGCGGCUGAAAGUGACCGAGCUGCGGUCGGAGCUGCAGCGGCGGGGCCUGGACUCGCGCGGCCUCAAGAUGGAGCUGGCGCAGCGGCUGCAGGAGGCGCUGGACGCCGAGAUGCUCGAGGACGAGGCCGGCGGUGGCGGGGCCGGGCCCGGCGGGGCCUGCAAGGCGGAGCCUCGGCCUGUGGCCGCGUCGGGCGGCGGCCCGGGCGGGGACGAGGAGGAGGACGAAGAGGAGGAGGAGGAGGACGAGGAGGCCCUGCUGGAGGACGAGGACGAAGAGCCACCCCCUGCCCAGGCCUCGGGUCAGGCGGCGCAGCCGCCGCCGGAGCCCCCGGAGGCGGCAGCCAUGGAGGCCGAGGCCGACCCCGAAGCUUCCGAGAAGCCGGCGGAGGAGGCCACGGCCGGGUCAGGUGGGGUAAAUGGUGGCGAAGAGCAGGGCCCCGGCAAGGGGGAGGAAGACGAGCCGGAGGAGCGGAGCGGAGACGAGACUCCAGGAUCCGAGGCGCCGGGUGACAAGGCCGCAGAGGAGCAGGGAGAUGACCAAGAUAGUGAAAAGUCAAAACCAGCAGGCUCAGAUGGUGAGCGGCGGGGGGUAAAGAGACAGCGGGAUGAAAAGGAUGAACACGGCCGAGCUUACUAUGAAUUCCGAGAGGAGGCUUACCACAGCCGCUCAAAGUCGCCACCACCCCCUGAAGAAGAGGCAAAAGAGGAGGAGGAGGAUCAAACUCUUGUGAACCUGGACACGUAUACCUCGGAUCUUCAUUUUCAAGUCAGCAAAGACCGUUAUGGAGGGCAGCCACUUUUCUCAGAGAAGUUCCCCACUCUUUGGUCUGGGGCAAGGAGUACUUACGGAGUGACAAAGGGCAAAGUCUGCUUUGAGGCCAAGGUAACCCAGAAUCUCCCGAUGAAAGAAGGCUGCACAGAGGUUUCUCUCCUUCGAGUUGGGUGGUCUGUUGACUUUUCCCAUCCACAGCUUGGUGAGGAUGAAUUCUCUUAUGGUUUUGAUGGACGAGGACUCAAAGCAGAGAAUGGGCAGUUUGAGGAAUUUGGCCAGACUUUUGGGGAAAAUGAUGUCAUUGGCUGCUAUGCUAAUUUUGAGACUGAAGAAGUAGAACUUUCUUUCUCCAAGAAUGGAGAAGACCUAGGUGUGGCAUUCCGGAUUAACAAGGAAUCUCUGGCAGACCGGGCCCUCCUACCCCAUGUCCUCUGCAAAAAUUGUGUUGUAGAAUUAAAUUUUGGUCAGAAGGAGGAGCCGUUCUUCCCAGCACCAGAAGAGUUUGUGUUCAUCCAUGCUGUGCCUGUUGAGGACCGCGUUCGCACUGCAGUCCCUCCCAAGACCAUAGAGGAGUGUGAGGUCAUUCUGAUGGUGGGACUGCCUGGAUCUGGAAAGACCCAGUGGGCACUGAAAUAUGCAAAAGAAAACCCUGAGAAAAGAUACAAUGUCCUGGGAGCUGAGACUGUGCUUAAUCAAAUGAGGAUGAAGGGGCUCGAGGAGCCAGAGAUGGACCCCAAAAGCCGAGACCUUUUAGUUCAGCAAGCCUCCCAGUGCCUUAGUAAGCUGGUCCAGAUUGCUUCCCGGACAAAGAGGAACUUCAUUCUUGAUCAGUGUAAUGUGUACAACUCUGGCCAACGGCGGAAGCUAUUGCUCUUCAAGACUUUCUCACGAAAGGUGGUGGUGGUUGUCCCUAAUGAGGAAGAUUGGAAGAAGAGGCUGGAGUUGAGAAAGGAAGUGGAGGGAGAUGAUGUGCCUGAGUCUAUAAUGCUGGAGAUGAAAGCCAACUUCUCUCUGCCUGAAAAAUGCGACUAUAUGGAUGAGGUGACAUACGGGGAGCUGGAGAAAGAGGAAGCUCAGCCCAUUGUCACUAAGUACAAGGAGGAGGCUAGGAAGCUGCUGCCCCCCUCUGAGAAGCGGACAAACCGCCGGAACAACCGGAACAAGCGCAACCGGCAGAACCGAAGCCGAGGCCAAGGCUAUGUGGGCGGGCAGCGCCGAGGCUACGACAACCGGGCCUACGGGCAGCAGUACUGGGGGCAGUCUGGAAACAGAGGGGGUUACCGUAAUUUCUACGAUCGAUACAGGGGAGAUUACGAUCGAUUCUACGGGCGAGAUUAUGAGUACAACAGAUACAGAGACUAUUACAGACAGUACAAUCGGGAUUGGCAGAAUUACUACUACCACCACCCCCAGGACAGAGACCGAUACUACAGGAACUACUACGGUUACCAAGGGUAUCGGUGAAGCCCCUGCCAUUGUCGCCUAUCAGCCAUGAAGCUGAAUCUCUGGGGGUGCCAGGCACCCUCCAAAACACAACCAAGGAAAACAGGGGCUGUCGGGGUGGGGCUGAGCUGCCAGGGAGGGGUGGUGGGGGGGAGGGUGCACAAGCAGGGAUGGGGGAGGGGGGAGGUGGAAACAAACAACAGAAACUGUACAUUUUUUUUAAAGUUUGUUGAAAAGAAUAUUGUCUUAUUCUAUAAAACAUUUCAAACCUAGUUAGAUAUUUGUAAUCAAAAAACAUUUGCGCAGAAAGCAGCGCUUAGGGCUGCCUGUCCUAUACCCUGCAGUUGGACAGGAAAAGAACUGAAAAUGUCACCCUUCUGACAUUCUAAGGCAGCUGGACUGGCAGCCACGCAAGGGAGAGUGGUGGCGGUGCGAGGGCACUCUCCGGGGCGGCAGGAGCAGGCAGGAGUGGGCAGGGGAGAGCUUGUGAUGACUGGGGCAGUGAAAAUAAACGAUUGGCUCUUAUCAAUCACUUGCACCAACUAACCGUUUGUAUUUUCUUUGCCGACCUUUCCCUCUUGGGAUAUCUGGUCCGGUGGGCUGGGAGGCCAAAGUGUCCCUGUCUGCUUUCCUGUGCCUGAGGCACGGAGUCUACCAGUCGGGUGGUUCUAUUAUAUAGGAUUCCCAGGCCAGGGGCACGGUGACUGUUCUGAUUGCAGAGCAGACUAGCUGGUGCCCCUGUUUAAUUUCCAUAAAAUCUUGGGGGAGAAUGGGGUUGCAGCCCUCAGCUUGGAAGAUUGUGAUUUGCCAGUCUCUACUCUGUCUUCCAAGGUUGAGACAGGUGAAAUGUCUCUGGAAUCAUCUCUGUUAGAGUCUCUGUCCUCUUCUAGUUGAGAGAAGGAACGAUUCUCAGGGUUUCAGCUCACACAGAAGCGCAGGGGACUCCUUGCUACGCAGGCUGCGUGGACAGGUGACUCCUGUGGUGAGGCUUCCGGCCCAGGUGCUGAGAACAGUGACUCUUUUAUACCACGUGGAGGGCAACCGCCCUGCUGGUUUUUUUGAUACACAGGUAGAGAGUAACUAGAAAGGGGAGGGUGGGGGGUGGGAGGCAGCUCAGUGGGGCUGCUGAAACUUGGGGAGAGCGUGAAUGCGAGUGAAAGUAAUGUGUGCAUGAAAGGGAGCACCCUUCCUGGCGUCCUAAGACCAGGAUUGCUCCUGGGGUGCUUUCCCUGUGUGUCCCCAGAGAGGCCUCUAGCCAAGAGACUUCAUUUGGGAAAUUUUUUGUUUGUAACGUUACCAACACCCUCCCGGUUCUUGGCCAGCCACUUCCAGUUGCUGGGCUCGAGAAUGCAGUGGGUUAUGGGAGUGCUCUCUGAAUAUUUAGCUUCAGUUUUAAUUCAUGUUACUGCUCAGCAUUGUGUCAGCAAAGAGCUUACUCCGCAGACACCACACCUCAGCACUUCCCAGGGAGGGGAACCCUGGAUUGUGCUAGGAAACGCUUCGCUUCAUGUCCUCACCUGGGCAGUUCUCUGUUGAAAGUCCUGUGCUGAGAUCUGAUCUUCCCUCCCUCCCUCAUCACUAACUUGCCAUGCCGCCCUGCUCUGUGUGCACAGGCCCUCGUUCUGGCCCUCUGCUUCCCCCGUCUGUGACACACUGUUCUCCACAGUACCUCUGACUCAAGGCUGGGACGAGGGCACUGGCGGGAGACACGUCGGCGAUGGCCUGCUCGUCGCGCCGUCCUCCCUCCCGGCGCCUGCGCUCCUGCAGUGGCAGUGGGUGAAGUGAUUGCAUGAACUUUUCUGAAACCUGCUAACUUGUUACUAAGGGAGUUUGAGCAAGUUUUGCUCCUAAUGUCAGGGCAAAGAGGUAAAAAUUGGAGGCAAAGCAGUUCCCUUAGGGCAAGAAUAUGCUAUAUUAGAAAAGAAACUUGAGGCAGAAGCUUCCACCCCUUUUCAACUGUUUAGUCUUCUGGCAGAGAACAUCUUUUUACAGUCCCUGAUGUGGUUUGGGUAUUCUAGGGCCUCAGGGCCAGCUAGGCAAAGCUUAAGCCACUUGGGUUUUUUGAUGGGAGGGAGGGUUAAGGGAAGUACUUGCUGUUAAAAUUUUUGACAACAGAAAGUCACCCUUUUUUAAAAGCUGUUUUUCCAGGUGGGUGGACAGUGAAACUGCCACGUCUUUGCUGGUUUAGUCCAAGAGAUCGCUGGCAACAACAAUGGAUGUCUGGGUUUUGUUUGUCUCUUCAUUAUGAAAAAACAAGAGGGAAAUGUGGGUGAACGGGAGAGAUCCCUGGCCUUGUUUCCUUAGAAGACUUGUUCAGUGUUUUAUCUGACGUCUGUUGUAGUUGUAGAUGGAAAAGCUUGUGAGAAAAACAAACACCACAUGGAGUCUGUAAAUGUUUUUGCACAACCUGUAAAGCAUUCUUGGAAGUGGCCAGUAAAAAAGGGUUUUACCAUUUUAAAAAAAUGUAACUGUGUCAUUGUUUACAUCUGUAACUUUUUCCUCCCCUGUUCUCAUUACAACAUUCUGGCAAAAAUGUAGGCACAGUAGCUUCCAGUUUUAGAAUAAAUAACCAUUUGGAUUGAAUUCACCCU